AUGGGUGGUGGAAGUAGAAGAGGAAGAGGUAGAGGAAGAUCCAACAACAGCGGAAGCGGCAGUGGAAACCCUAAAAUCCGCAAAAGAGGUUCAGUUGCUAGAGAAGCACUUUUUGUUGAAGGUGGAUUCUUAUCCGAUUGGACUCCUUCCUCCUCCAACCGCAAUUCAGGUAGAAAUGCUAGUUCCAAUAACAAAUCUGGGACUCUACGUAGAGGAGAAGCCUCUGCUUCUGGAAAUGGAUUUUCAAAAUCUUUGGGGACUGCUAUUGGAUUCAAUUAUUCUUCACCUGAUGUUCAGGAGGUCUCGCGUGUUGGGAUUGGGAACAGCAAUGAAGAUAGUAAUUUAAAUCAGAUGCUCCAACCUUUUGUUUUGGUGGAUUCCCAGCAGAAUCAAAUUAUGGCUCAUGAAGACCAGACACCUCCUCCUUCAAAGCACAGCAGUGUGGAAUAUAGUUACAGUUAUGGCGAUUUUGUUUUGGGGGACAGCUCUCAUAGAGGAUUAGGUUUCCCUGCUGAACAUGGAAAGACCCCAAGUGGCAUUGGCACAUCAUCUGAACAGAUGCUACAGUCAACCCCAGUUUUAGAUUCAUCAUCCUUUGAAAAGAAUGUUGGUUCUGAUGAGGGUAUCAACUCCGAGUUAAACAAUCAGAUGGAAGAAGACUUGCCAUCAAAGGUGUCUUCUACGAGAAAUUCAGGGUUUCUGUCUAUUGGAGGUCUUAAGUUAUACACAGAGGACAUCUCAGAGGAUGAAAGCGAAGGAAAUGAUGUUGAAGCCUCAUCUGAUGAGGAUGACUCUACGUCUUCUGAGCCAGAAGAAGGACUUGGAUCAUCUGAAAGCAAUUAUUCUGAAGACACAUCUGACAGUGAUUCAGACAUUGAUGACGAUGUUGCAGAAGAUUAUUUGGAAGGAGUUGGUGGUAGUCAAAACAUCAUUGAUGCAAAAUGGUUGCUAGACCCUGUUUUGGAUGACUCAGAUGACGAUAGUUCUUCAAGCGGUAGCUAUGGUGAGGCUUUGGAGAAGUUGGGUGGCAUUUCACUUCAAGACGCCUCCAGGGAAUAUGGUAUGAAGAAUGACCAACCAUGGAGGAAACGAUCUGUAAAGAAGCAUGUUCCUUUUACCCUGGAUGACCUAAUGCAAGAAAAGGAUCCAAGAACCAUUUCUGCUAGAAAGAAGCAUGUUCCUCGAUUUCCUCAUUCUUGGCCUUCACAUGCUCAGAAGAGUAAAGCCUCCAAAAGAAUCCACGGUGAAAAAAAGAAACUCCGUAAAGAAAGGAUUGCUGUCAAGCGUAGAGAAAGAAUGCUACACCGCGGUGUUGAUCUCGAGAAAAUUAAUUCGAAACUAGAACAGAUUGUUUUGGGGAAAGUGGACAUGUUCUCUUUUCAGCCUAUGCAUUCUCGGGAUUGCUCACAGGUACAGCGUUUGGCUGGAGUUUAUCAGUUGCGGAGUAGCUGCCAAAAUUCUGGGAAAAGAAGUCUGAUUUAUGGUUUCAGAUUUGUGACCGUAAUGCAAACACAUUCUACAUCAAUGCCUUCUUCAAGUGGUAGACAGCGCCUGGAAAAGUUGUUAGGAGCUGAUGAUGAGGAAGCUGAUUUUUCUGUCACGGAUCCUAUGAACAAGAAGUCAGCGAGUGAUAGCAGAAGACUGAGAAAGAAAAAUGCUAAAAGGAAUGAUUUUAGACUGCUAGAACUUCAAUCUGGCCAGAGCAAGACACCAAAGAACUCAGCUAGCAGAGGCAGUAGUAAAGUCAUUGCUGUGGAUUCUGAAGAGACUGAGGAUGCAAAUAAGAAGGGUGCCACCAGCUCUGCUGAUAUAGGUUCUUUUGAGGUACACACUACUGGUUUUGGUUCAAAAAUGAUGGCUAAAAUGGGAUACACGGAAGGAGAAGGAUUGGGGAAAAAUAGUCAAGGUAUAGCACAGCCCAUUGAGGUUGUUAAAAGGCCCAAAUCACUUGGUUUGGGUGUGGAAUUCUCUAGCAACGUUGAUGAGCCAGCGCCAGCUAGGGACAAGUCUUUUGGUACUUCUGAAAAGCGUACCAAAAGCUCAGGAAUUGGUUCUUUUGAAAAGCAUACAAAAGGGUCUUCAAGUAUUGGUUCUUCUGGAAAACAUAGAAAAAUAUCUUCAACUUCAGGUAUUGGUUCUUUUGAAAAUCAUACAAAAGGAUCUUCAACUUCAGGUAUUGGUGCUUUUGAAAAGCAUACAACAGGGUUUGGAUCAAAGAUGAUGGCAAAGAUGGGGUUUGUCGAAGGUUCAGGAUUAGGUAGAGAAUCACAGGGCAUUACUGCUCCACUGGGUGCUGUUAGGUUACCAAAGUCCCGGGGACUCGGCGCCAAAGGUUAA